AAUUCGCGUUCUUAUCUGCCUGCCCUUUUGGCGUGGAGGGAAUGACAAAAUUGAACCAUGGCGAUUCAAUUCAUCGCUCUAAAACCCCUAAACCCUCUUCUCCCUCCUCAAUGCAAAAAUUCAAUUUCGCUGCGCAGAGGAUCGCAAUUAUCGGUGUCCGCGGCAGAAUCAGUGGCGUGGGAGGAGCAAAUUCCCCCAAACGCCGUUCGCCGGAAACGCGAUCCAUCGUGGCGCGGCGGCUUUAGCCUAGGGGUAGAUUUAGGGCUGUCGCGGACGGGCGUUGCCAUUAGCAAAGGCUUCACGGUUCGCCCCUUAACGGUACUUGAAUUACGAGGGCAGAAGCUCGAGCUUAGGCUUCUUGAUCUUGCUGAAAAGCAGGAAGUGGAUGAAUUCAUCAUUGGGCUUCCGAAGAGCAGCGAUGGGAAGGAAACAGAGCAGUCGAAUAAAGUUCGUAGCGUGGCCGGAAGGUUUGCAGUUCGAGCUGCAGAGAGGGGUUGGAGAGUCUACCUUCAGGAUGAGCACGGGACCUCUUCCGAGGCGAUGGAGCAUAUGAUAGCUCAAGGGGUGAGUAAAUCUGCGCGCGAUGGAAAACUUGAUGCUUAUGCAGCUAUGGUGCUUGAGAGAUAUUUUUCAGAAGAGGGGAAGGGGAUUGAGGCUGUUGUGCCAAAGCAGCUAGAGCUUCAGAAUAAGCUCAGGGAAGGUCCCCCUAAGGAUUUAGACUUUUACUCACCCACCACCAACUCUUAGUAGAUGGAAAAAGAAUUGGCCACUAUUAUUGUUCAGUUCAUGACAAGGAGAUCAAAUUUUCUGACUAGGCUGUGAAGCAUUAUGCCAAGGCGCGGAUAAGCUGCCACGUGGAGGAUUGUCUUGGCGCGGGAACAGCAAAAAUGGAGUAUUCUUCUUUUCGUAAUUCUUGAAUGAAAAAUCACAUUUUUAAACAACUUUACUUUAUAGAAUUCUUAAGUACUCCUAUAACCGUUUUUGGAAACAGUAAGCGUCUCAGUUUAUUUAUCCAAGAGCAAUGGUACA